AUGGCAGAAGAAGACUUUGAAAUCGACAUCUACGGCGAUGCCAAUAGCGAACAGGCCCCGGGAGCUCAGGACGAAGGUGGACAGCAGUUACAGAGCCACUACAAUGGCGACGACAGCGGCCACGACAAUGGCCAGGGACACGGUCACGGCUAUGACGAUCAGAACAACCGGCAACACGACGACCAGCCACGACUACCAUCCGACAGCUCAGCACCAACAUCCUCAAACCUAUCCCAAGGUGUCAAGCGGAAAGAGGGCUCCGACGACAGACCGAUAGACCCCGGUGCUACGACAGCGAUUAUGGUGUCCGAGCUGAGCUGGUGGAUUACCGACGACGACCUUCGCGGCUGGAUUCGAGCAGUGCAAUGCGAGGAUAAGCUGAAGGACAUCACCUUCAGCGAGCACAAAGUGAAUGGCAAGAGCAAAGGGCAAGCAUAUAUUGAGUUCACAUCACAGCAAGCGGCGACGGCGUCCAAACACAAGAUAGAGUCCCUAGCCACGGGCGAAUACCAGCCAGGCCAGAAGAAGCACUCAGUCAUAUACUCGUCGCCGACAGCAAAUCCGUUCCGCACUCUUCCGAAGGAGGCACCCAGCCGUGGCGUACGGGACAUGCAAGUGCGGACUACGCCAGGUGGUGGAUAUCAGGACCGUUCUACGGGCAACUUUGGUGGCAACCAGGGUGGAAGCUAUGGUGGUGGCUACCGUGGUGGACGAGGUGGUGGGAUGUAUGGAAACCCGCGCGGCGGAGGCAUGGGCAACCCGAACUUCAACCGAAACUUCAGUAACGGCGGUGGUGGCAUGAACUCAUUCGGCAACAACGGCGGCAUGAACUUUGGCAACCCAAUGGGUGGCGGCUUCGGUGCCGGCGGAAAUGGUGGCGGGUUCCGAGGCGGUAUGGGAGGCGGCAUGCGCGGUGGUCCGGGCAUGCGUGGAGGCCGUGGCGGUCCGAUGAACGGCAUGAUGGGCGGCAUGGGACCGGUGAUGGGCCCUAUGGGCGGUAUGGGACCCAUGGGCGGCAUGCCAGGUCCUAUGGGCGGCAUGGGCGGCAUGGGAAUGGUGGGAGGUGCUAUGCCUGGCUUCCAGGGAAUGCACCCGAAUUUCACACCCAACUUCUUUGGCGGUGGUCAAGGAGGUGGCGGUCCCGGAGGGAACGAGUGGCAGAACCCACAUGGCGCGAAGCGGCCGCGACCAGACAUGGACAUGACCGACAGCAUGGACGGCUCGUCCUCCGCCUCCACGAUGAGCGUCUUCACCGUCUCCACCAGCACGCCUCUCUACUCCGCCAGCUGGACGCCCUCGUCCACGGGCACCUAUGCCGGCACCUGCAUCUUCCUCAUCGUCCUCGCCACCAUCUUCCGCCUUCUGCUCGCCAGCAAGGCCCGCGCCGAGACCCGCUGGCUGGACGCCGAGCUGAACCGCCGCUACGUGGUCGUCCCCGGGCGGCCGACCCUGUCGCAGCAGGUGUCGCAGGACUCGGACACCAAGCGCAUGGUCCUGUCGGAGAACGGCCUCGAGGAGGACGUCAUGGUGCUCCGGAAGCGGCACAGCCCCGGACGGCCAUGGCGGCUGUCUGUCGACCCAAUCCGGGCGCUGCUCGACACCGUCAUUGCCGGCGUCGGAUACCUCUUGAUGCUUGCUGUCAUGACCCUGAACGUCGGCUACUUCAUGUCCGUUCUUGGCGGCACCUUUCUCGGCAGCCUGCUGGUCGGCCGCUAUGUCCUUCUCUCGGAGCAUUAG